CACUGUGUUUUGUGAAGUGUCACGUGGUGUUUUUUACACCCGCUUUAAAUUUUGAAAUGUUUGUGAUGUUUUGUUUGCAAUGUUGGUGAACUUUUUGUAGCUUUAAAGUGUAUUUGGAAAAAUCAUGCCUACCAAGAAGAGGGGAAAAGCUGAUUUGAGUAUAUCACAGCUGAUCUCUCCAAAAGCCUACACUGAAACUUUACAAGAUGGGGAGACCUGUGUUUUCUGUCUGAGUAAUGAGGAUAAAGAGGAAGAAUAUGGAAAAUUUAUCAAGAAAUGUGGACUUCAAGUUCACUACUUUUGUAUGUUAUUUGCUAGUGGAUUGUGUCAGAGAGGAAAAUCAGAGGAACAUGGAAUCUAUGGAUUUUUACCAGAAGACAUUAUCAAGGAGAUACGAAGAGGAUCUAGAUUGAAAUGUUACUGUUGUAAGAAGAAAGGUAGUACCAUUGGCUGUGUUGUGGGAUCUUGCUCUAAGAAAUUUCACCUGGGAUGUGGCAGAAAAGGUGGAACUCUUCAUCAGUUCUUUGGUUCAUUCAGGUCGUUUUGUCAGGAUCAUCGUCCACGUCAGAUGGUACCCAUAUCAGACAGAUUGGCAUUUUAUGGGACAGCUAAUGCUUUAUGUGCUAUUUGUAUGAAUUCUGUAGAAGCUCGAGCAUCAAAUGAAACACUGAGAGCCCCUUGCUGUCGUAAUUCAUGGUUUCACAGAUCAUGCAUACAGAAACAUGCAUCGACAGCAGGGUUGUAUUUCUUCAAGUGUCCUCUAUGUAACAACAAAGAAAUGUUCCAGAAUGAAAUGUUAGAAUUCGGUAUACAUAUACCUGAUCAAGAUGCAGCAUGGGAAACAGAACCAAAUGCUUAUAAUGAGUUAAUGGAGAGAUACAUGCACUGUGAUGCUUUGUUAUGUAGGUGUCCUAAUGGCAGGAAGUACAAUAGAGAUGGCGGGAAAUGGGAGAUAACAACAUGUGAUUGGUGUGGUUCUAAAGGGACACAUGUAGCCUGUCACAGUCUCAUCAAAAUUGGACGCAAUUUAGUUUGUCAGGAAUGUAAAGAAAUAGAUGAUAGAUCUCGAAAAAUUAAAAAGAUUAAAAAAAAGAAAAGAACUCCUUUAAAGAAAAGACUUGAAGAAAACAUGGAGGAUAAGGACGAUAUUGACUUAGAACAAAAGGCAAAAAGUGAAUAUCCUGGACCAAGUUCUGCUAUUGUAAAAACAAAUCCAACUAAAAAGAAAACACCUGAUGUACCAAGAAACAGGUCACCAGUAGGUUCACUGGGCAUGUCACCUGGCAUGUCACCUGGCAUGUCACCUGGUAAUGUAUUACGCUUGGAAUAUCAGGAAACAGAUGAUGACGUUGAUGUAGUUGAGGAUGAAGAUGUUAAUACUUGUUUAUCUCCCUUGUUGUCAGCUCAAAAAGAAAAUCGUUCAAGGAAUAUACCAGCAGCUACAGGUAGUUGUGAACAGAAGCAAAAACGUCGGGGAAGGUCAAGACAUAGGAAAAGGUCAAGGUCUUCCUCAAGUGAAUAUAUCCCAUUGUCAUCUAUUAGACAUAGACUGAGAUCCUCUUCACGUGGACCGACACAACAUAGUAGGAGUAGGUCCCGUUCAUUAUCAGAAGAAUCUCAUGCUAGUGGAGAUCUGUCCCACUCUCCUAGAGGAAAAAGAUUUAGUCGAAGGAGGAUGACAAAUAGAUCUCGAUCAUCAUCAUCAGAAUCAUUGGUUAAUUCAAGAUUGAGGUCAGCUUCUUGUAAAAGAAAGAGAUCAAGAUCAUCUUCAUCCGAAUCAUUAGUUCAUAAAAGGUUGCGGUCUGCUUCUCGUGGAAGGCCACGUGAAAAAAAGUCAUCUUCAUCAUUUGAAUCACCAGGAUUUUCCAGAACUCGAUCAGUUUCUCGUAAACGUAAGAUAAUUGAAUCUCCAUCAAAAACUGCCAGCUCCAAACAAAACUCAAAGAAGACAUUAGCUUAUGAUGAGGUUGAUGGAGAAAUUUUGCCAGUAAGGCCAUCUUCUGAGAGCAAGAAACGGAGGAAAAGUGUAAAUCACCCUUUUUCUGCUCACGGAUACAAAAAUAGAAAGAAGAGAAAACCAAAGGUUAAAAGAAUGCUAAUUAGCAUGGAACCAGAACUGUCUUAUCUGUCACCAGUCGCCCAGUAUCAGUAUGGUCCAGAUGUCAUCACUGGUAGUAGUGAAGAUUCAGAUAUUCCUUUAAAAGAAUUCACUCCGAAAAUAUCUCAAUUAGAGUAUGGACCUUCAGAUAUUCCUGUGAAAAUGUCCUCCCCCAAAAAGUCAACAGCUAAAUCGGGUGGAAAGGAAAUGACUAAAACAUUUGAACUUUCUUCAGCAAGCUCAAAAAUAGGGUCAAAACAAGAGAAAUGGACUUAUAGUGUAGAACUAUCUUCCACUAAAUCACAGAUUAAAUCACGGGGAAAAGUUUCAGAAAACAUCAGUGAGGAGUUCAAAGAAGGAAAACUUUUUUCAACUAAUGGUAAAAUUCAAAAAGUGAAUGGUCAGUUGUUGAUGGGUUCUAAAAAGGAAUCAAUGAGUCCUCAGAAAGGGAGCAACAAGCUGAAUAUGAGUAGAUCUCCAAAAAGUGGUAGACAAAUGAAAAAAACUUACAAAAAAAGAAACAAGAUAGAUUCUAAACAAAUGUUGAUCAAUCAGUGGCUGAAAAGCAGCAAAGAUUGUAGAAUAGAUGAUAAGGAAAAUAAUCACAACAAGUUCCUAACUAUCAAGUGGCAAGGGAAUCAGUAUAUACUCAUGAAAACACAUGAACAAAAUGGCAACUGUUUGUCAACAAUUUCUCCCUAUAUCUGUAAAAGUCGACAGCCAAGUCCCAAUGCAAGAGCUUCACAGCUGAGGGAAGAAAGACAGCCAAGUCCCAAUACUAGAGCAUCUAAAGUUAAAGAAGACAUACUACAAAAUACAAAUAUUGGAGGUUUAAAAUUAAGAGAUGGUAUGCAGCAAAGUCCAACUACCAGAUCGUCACAACUGAGGACAGGAAGUCCAAUUACAAGAGCAUCUAAGAGUCCACAGCCAAGUUCAAUAAUUAAACAAACUCCCAGGUCACUUCUCACUGAAGACAUCCUACAAAAAAUAUCAGAGAAGAAAUCUAGCUUGAUGAAAACUUAUCCACUUAGAUUUUCAAAUAAGCCUGAAAAUGGCAAUGUCAGGUGUUCACUAUCAACAAAAUUUGUGGAUGGUGAAUCAGUGAGUGAUUCAUACCCAGUAAUACAAUCUAUUCUUAAUGACAAAGUCACAUUGAAAAGUUCUCCAAAAGCGAGUAGAGUAACUCCGUCUAAGAUGAACAGUCCUGUUAAUCAUCCGGUCGUGGAGGAAUUGAACAGUUCAGGAAGUAGUGACACUUUAAGUUACAUGGACGAGGAUUUUCUUACGUCUGAUGAUUCGGACAAUAAGGAGCCAUCUGAAAUUGAGACUAAGUAUGUAAUCAAGAGAUAUGACAAUGUCAAUGGCUUGGAACAAGUUCAGGUUGUACUGCCAAGCAGUUGAUGACAAUAUAUUCAUAUAUGUAUUGCACACAAUUGUGGCAGCUUUUAUGUAUAGUAUAAACUGUGUGUUUACAUUGAACUCUAUAUUGCUUAUCUAUAGACAAAUUAGGUCUGAAAUUAGACAGCUGCCAAUUGUGACUAAUUAUAUCACAAAUCUAUGUUUAUUCCACACUUUCACUGAAGAGAUAUAUUCAAGUGCUAUCUUAAAACCUAAUGAAGAUUAUUCAAAGAUUUGUUGCGAAUAAGGAAGUAAUUUCAUAAGAGGGUAGCUUUAAAUAAAAUAAAUUAUCAUGUAUGUGACUGUACAUGCUGUAAUAGAGCUGCAUUUAUUAUGUACUCCUAGCUAAAAAGAUAUUCUUUAUUGUAGGUUUUUGCCAUGUUAGUUUUUUUUCACAGUUUAUUUUUUGGAGGUGUUAGUAAAAUCUAAAUUGUUUUUAUUGUUUGUGUUUUUCUGCCUUGUAAGAUGUAUUUAAAUGGAUCAUGUUGAUAGGGUAAAAUUCGUGGUAAAUUGACUUGACGUGUGAAAAAUUAGACACACAAAAAUAUUACUUAUAUAUAUGGUUGUUGUAGGUGUAAUACAGAGAUUCUCAAUGUGAAUUGAAAACCAAUGUCUUGAGAAUAAAUUUAAGAUUUCAAACUAAUAGAAGUUUUAUUUAUUUGGUUAUUUGCAAAGAAUUUAUUCAGAUAUAAAUAAAUUUUUUGAACUAUUUUUCCCUCUCAAAUAUGUAAUACAAGUAAAUCCUAUUUAAGAAUUCAAUGCUUGUUCAAUAUUACAAAUAUAUUUGGAUGUAUCCGAAAGGAUUCAACAUGUUUUACAACCCUAUAAAUUUACAAACAAGGAGCAGUUAAUUCUUAUAAUUGGAUUUUUAUUUUCUACAAACAUGAAAAAACAGUGUUUCUGGGACCAUUGUCGGGACUCCAGGAUCGGGAGUUUUUAAGCUCAGGAUUUUGGGAUUGAUCCUUACGGGACCUGGGAAUUCGUUUUUUCGAGUUUAGGGAUGGCAGGAUUUGAAUUUUUAAAAUUCAGGACCUCAGGAUUUCAUGUUUUUAAGUCCGGGAUUUUGGGAUCAGGACCCCUCCUAUCCCCCCUCUGUUAUUAUUUAAAACAUCAACCAUACACUUCAUGCACUUGUAAACUAUAUAUGACUUACCACAUAUAUGUUUUCAGCGUCAGCCUAAACUAACUAUGAGCACCUUUUGUUCUUGUAAGAUCUUACAUCUUUUGCAGGUAAGAUAGGUAUGUAAAUUUGAUUAAGUUUCCCCUUGUAUUUUUAUAAAACUUAGUGUGUAAUGUUUCCUCUAAAGAGAAAAAAAAUUUAAGAAGAUAUACUAUGUAAUUAAAUUUUUUACCAUUUUUAUGCCCCAUUUAUGGGCAUUAUGUUUACUGGUCUCUGCAUCUGUCUGUUCAUCUGUCAGUCUGUCCCACUUCAGUUAAAGUUUUUGGUAGAGGUAGAUUUUGAUGAAGGUAAAGUUCAAUCAACUUGAAACUUAGUUCAUAUGUUCCCUCUGAUAGGUUCUUUCUAAUUUUAAUGCUAAAUUAAAGUUGUGAUCCCAAUUUCACUGUCCACUUAACAUACAAAAUGAUAGUGCGGAUUGGGCAUCCACGUACUAUUGACUCAUUCUUGUUAUUUAUUUUUUUGUGAAUCAGUGAAUUUUAGAAAAGAAAAAAUAAUUUGAAAUUUUACAAAUAUUUUCAAUUUUUUCACAAAUCCCUGCUUAAAAAGUGUUUAUUCAAAACAUUGCUCUUCUGAAGUCAUACAGUGAAUCACCAUAAAUGUGUUCUUCAGUGGUGCUCUAUACGAUAUACUAUAAUGUGUAUUCAUUUGUUUAUGUGUGCUUAUUUUGUAUACAGAAAUAUUUGCAUUAUUUGUUGAAUAUUCACUGAUAUUUUUCUAUGCAAUGCAUUGAUGUAUGAAUACUUAUAAUUGAGUUUAGAUUAGUGUUAUCACAAAAAAUAGAUAUUGUAUAUAUAUAGAAGAAGAACCAAGACCCAAAGAUAACAUAGAAAAAGUUUUUUGGGAUAAAAUUUGUUUUUCAUAAAAUACUUGAAGCAAAACAUUAAAUAUCUUUAUAAAGAGUUACAAUUUGUAUUAAGUUUUCAUUGUUAAAUGUCAUUACUUGCAAAAGGAAAGAUAGAUUAUUGUGUAUAUAUUGAAUUGUUUAUUCAAACAAUCAAAUUUAUAACUUAGUUUUAAAAUAUUGUUUGGGCAUUAUUCCUGCAUAUAUCCAGGUCAAUAUUUUUAAUUUGUCAUGCCUUAUUAAAGCCUAUGGGUAGUGUGAAAUACUGCUAUUACUAGGUUCUUUUUUGUUCAUUGUUAGUACUCUUUAUGAAUUUCUUUUUUUCCCCUGAAAUCCCCUUGCAGAUUUUGGUCUGAGUUUAGUCGUAAUGAAAGGAGGUAUUCUCUAAAAAUUCUAGUUGUAUAAAAAAUUGCUGUCAUAUUUGAUUCCUAUUAUAAAUGAUCCUCUUUUACUGGGUUGCAAACAGGGGG